GCAGACCUCUACGUGGCCGCCCGAUAAAUGCCACGCCCGGGUAACACAGAGCUCACUCUCUGCUCCUCCAUCCCGGACAGCGGCCGCUCCUGCCUCCUCAGAGUCAUUCGCGAUGGCUUGUAUCCAUGAGAUUCUCGGCAAGCUAAAAUUGGAAGGAAAUCAGUCCAGUUCCAGUCAACCAUUAUGUGGUACUGUGAGGCCUUCCACGAACUUUGAUGCAGAGAAAGAUGCCGCAGCUCUUGAAACUGCCAUUAAGACAAAAGGUGUCGAUGAACUUACAAUCAUCAACAUUUUAACAAACCGCAGCAAUGAACAAAGGCAAGACAUAGCAUUUUGCUAUCAGAGGAGAACCAAGAAGGAUCUCCCAUCAGCAUUGAAAGGCGCACUUUCUGGGAAUCUCGAGACUUUGAUGCUUGGACUGAUGAAGACACCACCUCAAUAUGAUGCUUCAGAACUGAAAUCUUCAAUGAAGGGCCUUGGAACAGAUGAAGACACUCUUAAUGAAAUUAUUUGCUCUCGGGAUAACAAAGAACUAUAUGGAAUCAACACAGUAUACAAAGAAUUAUACAAGACAGAAUUAGAAAAAGACAUUGUGUCAGACACAUCAGGAGACUUCAGAAAGUUAUUAGUCGCUCUUGCUAAGGGAAAAAGACCGGAGGAGUCUUCUGUAGUAGAUUAUGAAAAGAUUGACCAGGACGCUAGAGAGCUGUAUGAGGCUGGAGUAAAGAGGAAAGGAACAGAUGUUGGCAAGUGGAUUACAAUCAUGACUGAGAGGAGCAUUCCACAUCUACAGAAAGUCUUUGAAAGGUACAAGAGCUACAGCCCAUAUGACAUGCAGGAGAGCAUCAAGAAGGAAGUGAAGGGAGACUUGGAGAAUGCCUUCCUGCAUCUGGUGCAGUGUAUUCAGAACAAGCCACUGUAUUUUGCUGACAGGCUGUACGAAUCCAUGAAGGGCAAAGGAACAAAGGAUAAAAUAUUGAUCCGGAAUAUGGUUUCCCGCAGCGAAGUGGACAUGCUGAAAAUCAGAGCAGAGUUCAAGAAGAAAUAUGGCAAAUCUCUGUCUUAUUUCAUUAGUCAAGACACCAAAGGAGACUAUCAGCGUGCCUUGCUAAACCUAUGUGGUGGUGAUGACUGAGCUCUCAGAAGUCCUCCCUCCUGCCUUACUGCUUGUCCCGACUCAAAAGUCUGCACAGAGCUUCAAAUGAUCUGUAAUCGCUAAGUUCGCCGCCUGUUCCUUUCCAGUGCAAUGACCAAUACAACUCGUCUAAAUAUAUAUAUUUUUUUCUGUA